GCCAAACCGCAAUGACUGUGACAAGUCAAAAAUGGAGAACAGGCUCAUUAAUGAUACCUGCGCAGACUGUGACCCAGAAGUGCGCAGAAAGAUCCUCAGGGAGGAGUAUGAGGCGAAGCACGCCAUCCUGAUGGAACGCUAUCGGCAGGCAAAGAAGGACGGGGACGUGAAUUUGAUGCAAGACUUGGAGACUAGGAUACAAAACCUUGUUGUCGUUACGAGAUCUCGCAACUUUGAAAUCAGUCCAGUAAGAGGCGGCAUGGAUGUACUUUGGAAUUGACGGAAUGCGAGCAGUAUAAGUGGUGUCACAGGAUUGCUUCACAGUGUAGCGCGACGCAACUUGCGAGC